AUGGCUCAUCCUGCAUGUGGAAAGAAGCUUACUGAACGCCUAAAUUUUGGUAAAGCAAUCGAUGGAAUACCUAAAGAUUUGGAGCAGUUUGUACAUGACACGACAAGAAAGUAAGCUAAGCACGGCUGUGGUACAGUAGUUUGUACAAAUUACUUGAAUUUAGUGUAGCAUUAAAAGCUACUGAAGGGUGACGAAUUAAUCGACGCAACAUAUGUAUUUUCAAAAUAUGUUGAUUUUUUCAGCCUUUGAAAACAGUUUCAAUGGUUGUAUCCUUCUUGUAGGGCACUGCAACUUGAAGAACAUAAACAAAAGACCAGACAAACUAUUCCCUUUUAGUAAAAUCCAACUAGUGGUCUAUUAUCAAUGCUGCGUUCUGAUUGGUUGAGCUACUACUAGGCUAUAUGUUAUAGCCUACUAGUAGGAAAAAGCACGGGCUUAAAGGAUUAAAGUCCAGCUUUAAUUAGCUAAAUUUUUUUAUUCUUGAUAUUUUUGACCAAUUAGUUGGAUUUUACUAAAUUAUUAAAUUAUUCCUCAUGGCCUCUGAGUCAAUAGCCCAUGAGGCCAACAUAUUUGGUAUUUUAUUAUCACCAACAGUUAAUUCAAUUAGCACUGCAUCUAUGGGACAUAAACAAAUUACGGACCUGGUUAAUGGACCACAUCUGUGGACCUGGUCAAUGGACCACAUCUGUGGACCUAGUCCAUGGACCUCUUCAUGGAUCCGGUCCAUAGACUACCCUGUGGACCACCCCCAGUUUUUGAAGAUGAAUUUUACCAGAGAGGUCUUAACAAAUUUUAGGAACCUUAAAUGGACAUUAUGCUGUGGUCAGGUUAUGGGAUCCUUAUAUUUUACACUUUUUUUUAUACAACAACCCUUUAUUUCAUAUUUACAUACAAAGGAAAAAUUCCAAAAAUUGUAGAAAACUAGAAAAAAAGUAGCAAAAUUAAAGUUUACACAAAAGCUUCAAAAAAAGGAAAAAACAAACAAACAAACAAAGAGACAGACAACUUAAACGGGAGAGUUAAAGUAUCUACAGAGUGCCGCCUACAGUUCACUUCCACAGAACAGUACAUUUGUUUAAAGAGGGGAGGUUUUUAAUCAAGACCAUUUCUUUUUAAAAGUGUCUAAAGAAUUAUGUAAAAUCCUCUAUAUUAAUUCAUGAUAUUAUGUUAUGGUUGGGAAUUCACUCUUCUUGAAAGCAGUGGUAGAUUCAGUGAUAUGAACAGCAGAUGCUAUGUUAAUAUUGUUUAUGUGUGUAAUAAACAGAUGUCUACUCUUAUUUCACAGACGUGAAGGAGUUGUGGAGUCUUUGAAGAACAUUGAUGGCUCUAGUGAAACAGUUGUAAAUACAUUGAAGGAAUAUCUUGCCAUGAACACCACAAUGAAAAGCAUUUUGCAAAAGGUAACUUCGUCUUUACACUCAUCUAAUAUGUACCAUUAAUUGCUGGGAAUCAUAUUCCACUAUUUAAAUUUAAAUUACCCGUCAUUAUUUUUUUUCUGCAAAAGGUCAGAAGCUAUUCCAGACUAAGGUUAGUCCAUGAUGUUUUUCAGUACAUAUUACAAAACUUUUAAAUGAGUAAUUAUUUAAACACUGAUCAUGACUACAUUUAAUUUUCAAGGAUACAAACAGUGUAACAAUUGUUACACUGUUUGUACUACAUGCCAGCUGUUAUGGUAAGUGCUCAAACUCAGGGUGUUCAUUUAUUUUAAUAGGUAUAGGAGAUUGGAGAAUUCUCCGUUUACUAUGCAGAAUUCUCCGACUAAUGUUCGGUAGCCUCUGACUAUUUUUUAUUCAGACGUAGAGCCCCUUUCAAAAUAUUCUCCUGUAACAUUACACCUUUCUCCUGCUACUAGAAUUCUUAAUGAAAACCUCAUGAGAAUUAAUGAUGUAAUUCACGGAAACACUGAAAUGUGAUUCGACCAAUUUGCAAUAAUGACAGAUUUUGGUAUAUUUAUUUCACCAUCCCUUUGUUAAUUUUUGCAUGGAGAGGCAGAUUUAUUUUACUUUCUGGAGCUGAUAUUGUAUGUUUGGUUUAAUAUCUGAUAUUUUAUUGGAUUGACCAGGGUGACUAGAAGCUUAUUUUGUCUAUUUUGUGGCAGGUUCAAAUGGUCUAACAUGAUGGAUGAUGAUGAGAAAACUGCCACAAAUGAUAUUGAUGAAGAUAUGGUAUCGAUGAUGUUUGCAGCAGGGUUGUGGCACAUGGAGCAUGCUCACUGGGUAAAAUUUUUUAUUUUUAUUUUUAUUUUUUUUUUAAGCAAGAGACAAUUAUUGUGAUUUGUUUCAAAAUUAUGACUUGUGUCAAAUUUUUGUAAAUAUACAAUGUAUGCUAUGGCCCAGGAGGCGCGCACUCCCUUAUAUAAGCCAUGUAGUAUGUGCAGCCCCAAAGGGUAUGGUCUUUGGGCCUUUUUGGUCUGAAAACAGGUACAUACAUUUUGCCUGUUUUGGUCUGGAAUGGGGUAAGGCAACUACGGGAGCAUAUAAACGUAUUUAUCAUUUUAAUUCCAAGUGAAUAAGAAAGAAAUAGAAAUAUACAAAUUUGAAAUGCAUUUGAAGAAGUUUUUGCUCCAGUCUAAGUAACUAUGUCAUAAUGUCUGCCUUAAGGCCAGAUCUGAAAACGGGUAUGGCUUUUAGGGGCCAGGUCUGAAAACAGGUGGUGAAGAUGACAUUUUUUGGUCUGAAAUAGGGUCAGGAUUUGGAGAUCCGGGCAGCACGCCCCCACCAAAAAUUCCCAGGAGUAAACCCCCCCCCCCGUGCUACGAUCACAUCUGCAUGUUAUAUAUAUAUCAUCAACUUAUAAGGGGAUAUUAUGAUUUAAAUACACAGCUUAACAAGAACAUUACUAGUGAAGACGAGGAUGAAAAUAAAAUGAAGGUGAGUAUCUUUGAAUCUGAAUCUAAGUUAUUCUCAGUCUUAAAACUGUCUCCAUGAUAAGAAUUUUACCAUGAAGCUUUUCAUAUUUUUCUUCAAUAUUUCCUUUGUUAUUGUCUUAACAAUAUUCUAAUAAUCAAUAUUUUGAUUUUAGCAAAGCUUAAAUUCUUUGAAGACUGCAGCUGGCAUUAUUGAGACAGCAAAGGCUUGGGAAGGUUUGAUUAAAGGAGGCAAAGAUAUAAAUGGUUGGUUUGAUUUUCAUACAUACUAUCUGGGUUUGAGCUAGGAUUUGAUCACUGGGGGACAAUUUGUCCCCUUGGCUAAAAUUUUGGGGGACAUUUUCAUUUUUAGGGGGACAGAAAUUUGUACACCCUUCUGCUGAUCCAAAGGGGUUUGUCUUCUUAGCAGGACUUCUGAUAGGUCUCGGAGAAAAAAGUCAAAUUUCGCGGGAUUUUUAGGGACAAAUUCGCGGAAAAAUUGGCUGAUUUCGCGCGAGUUUUCGGGGCAAACUUCACCGAAAAGCAAUCAGUAAAAAAACCGACGAUUUUGUGGUUAUUUUCAAGGCAAAUUUCGCUAGAAAUCGAUCGGUUUUGCGCUGAUCCGACCAGCCUUUUUAACGUUUUUCUAACAGAGGUCAUCAUUUGCUCUUUCAACAACAAUACGCUCCAGAAAUGAACCAGUGGCAAAGCCUUUAACAUCAUGGCUAGUGCCCAGUUUUUCGCAACAUAAUCUGUUUGCACGUUUAAAGAUAAAUUUGCAAGUUUACGGCAAGUAAAUAGCCCCUAUAGCUGAAAUAAGUUUCAAAUAUGUUGUACAGACAUGUAUUUGAUAAGAUUUCUACCGAAUUUCGCGGCUCCGCGACCACGCGAAGAAUUAGAAGCCCUGUCUUAGAUUUCCGACAAAAAUAGCAGUAGAACGUGACUGAAGCGUAACUUUGGAAUGAACUUUAAAGGUGCGAUAAAAUAUACUUUCCACGUUCUGUUUCAGCUUGCAAUUUUUGUACUAAAAUAAAUCUCUUCGUGUGUGCUUCCUUUCGAGUUUUUUCCCUAAAUUUUGAAGGGGACAAAUUGUCCCCUUGGCCGUUUUUUAAAGGGACAAUUCCAAUUGCAGUGCGGGAUUGGCGCAAUGGCGCGGCCUGGCUCAAACCCUGUACUAUACGUAGGUAGUAAUAAGUAAAGUAGCAAACUUUACACUUAUGGCCCUUUUCCCAUGCACUUUACAAUAUUAUUUGGAUGUGCUGUCACAUGAUUUUGGGGCCAUUUGAGAAUAUGCAUGAUAUUACAUGGUUUAAUGUAAAAACUUAUGUGAGAAAAUAUAGGCUAAAUUUGUGCCACAGAGGAAUAUAACCAAUUCUUGAUUUCUUACCCAUAAAAAAUUAGGAACUGGCAUGUCAACCACAAAAAGCUUAAAGGAGCCACAAUCCCCUGCCCCAGGUGACAAAGUUGCAGCCAAAUGUUUUUAGAGUUGAUAAAACAUCUUGACUGUCAGUGUUUUUUACCAUUAUUAAAAUUGGCUUUAAAAUAUCCUCCUCAAGACAUGUCUAUACUUCAGUAAUCAUUCAGUUUUUUUUCCUGUAGCUUAACACUCAGUCUUAUGUCUUCAAAUUUAGGACUUGCAGUAAAUUUUAGUAGAAUUCUUUACAUAUUUUUCUUUAAAAAUUAACAAUGUACUUUUAAUUUUAUGAGAGGUAGCUCUACUAAGGCCCCUAUAAUAGUGCACAAUUCUCUUGUGCAUGAAAUGAAAUGCAGCUGAUUUAACUUACAAAAGUAAAGUUUUUAGUUCUGAUUCACGUAGAAUGCAUGUUGAACUUUUCUCAAUGAUUCCAGUGAGUAAUGCCCUACUUUAAUUACCACAAACCAUUAAUACUUUGACUUUAUUAAUUUGCUGCAGCUUCAGUUUUGAAUGCUUUGUGUCAGCAGUCCAUUGCAGAGGCACAGGUUAGAAUGGUUUUAUAUAUAACUCUACUUUUUAAAAUUUACUAGAUAACAUUUUCUUUGGACCGUGGACAUACAGUAACACAAAGACAGCUGCAUGGCAACUCGGGUACUUUGGUGGUGCAGAGGUUAAACAAAUACUCUAAGAUUUUACAUUCUACAUGUAAAGACUAAACAUAGCCAAAUUACUGACUCUAAA